AUGGAUCACGCCACGGACGGCUACACAGCUGACACAACCCCGAGUCCGGACACACAUGGCUGGGGUGACGACAACAAAUCGGUCGUGUGGGGCACGCACGGUGGAUUUGGCAAUGCGGGCACUACUCUACCACUGACUGCGGCUCAGAAACGCCGUCGUAUCAAAUCGAGACCUGUCCCACUGAGCCUGCAAACCCCUGAGGAGAUCAGCCGUGUCUGUGUCGAGAAGCCCGUCAUUCUUGGCCAGAAGAACGCCCGUUACGGCCUGCAGCAUCCAGUCAAGAUACAAAAGCCUCAUCCAUAUGAUGCUAUCUUCCACUACUCUGUUCCGGGUAUGCAAGAAUACAACAGCCAGUCGUUCACGCGUACAGCCGACCCACUCCUUAUCGAAGCACUGCCUAUCAGCCCAACCCUUUUCUACGCCUGCGAUACGACUGCAGCUGUGCAUUGCUUGGUGCGUCACGACUUCAUUGCUCUGGUCCAGCUGAAGUUGGUAUGUGACCUAGACGGUGGAUGGAAUGCAGCCACGGUCAUGGUUCGUGACCAAGACCGCUGGCUGUCACUCAGCAGCUUUCUCUCCGCGCUCCCUGAACCGUCGAUUCGCACAGUCGGUCCAUCUGGGUUCAAAUUGCAGUGGAUCUGGUGGAGUAGAAUGCCGGGAGAAAAGCGGGCGAAGUUCCAAUACAAUAAGCUACCCGUCGAAAUCCAGCAACAUAUCAUGCUCUACGCUCUUGGUAAGCGUGUCCUAUUCAAAGCUCCGUUGGACCCUCGAAGAACUCUUGUUCAGACAAUCUCGCAAGGGAGCGGGACAGAUAGCGAACCCGCCGUACUCUACGACUCGACUCGACCGGCCGAUGUACCUCAAUCGAAUUUAUCUUUACUACGCUUGGACAAGCGAACGCAUGCCAUGGCUAUGUCGACACUGCUUAAGGAUACUAUCAAGGUAUAUGAGCAUCUGAUUUUCGCGCAAGCCUCGAUGAUCACAUCUCAUUUCGAUCCGACAGACCUUCGAUACCUUGAGCUGCGCUUCACCUAUCGCGAGUACAUUCUCUUCUUUGGGGUCGAGGUCCGCCCAUGGGAUGACAUUGGUGCCCAUCAUAACGCGGUGGUCCCGGCAAGUAUGCUCAAGACACUUCCAAACCUGGUCCAGCUCAACCUCUUCUUUCCAUCCACGGCUUCCUGCUAUUACUCUCCAUGGGCAGGCUACGAUGACCAACCCCAGUACUUACUCCGGCAGGACGUCAUACCAUCUCCGUGCCAGAAAGUCCUCCUCGACUGGAUCUUGACAUUUGCCAUCGAGCACCUGCUAGGUAUCCGCAAGGUCUUGUUCACAGGUUACAUCAAGACAGAAACCAGGAAGAAGUGGGAAUGGGUGCUAGCAAAUCAGACAGAAAUUGACGUGGCGGGCAUGUUCAAUGAACACAAAGAGUCGAUCAAGAAGCUAUCGCCAGCUGCAGCUUUCGACGAAGUACGCAAACUAUCGGACUUCUACCACGAGGAAAAGCAGAGGAGGGCUUACAAGGCAGCAUUUGCUAAAUACUGGUUUGACUUCAGUGACGAUGGCAAGACUGAGUCGAACAGUCAAGUGGAAGUAAACAGUUCGGCGGAAGAGCGCUCUAUUGCAACAGGCUCGGGGUAA